AUGAAAUCCUUCGACUGCGAAUCGUCCUCAGAAGGCGACGAGCCUACCAUGCACGCCAUCUCUAGGGGCGUGGUAGAACCACCGCAAUGGUUAAGAAGCGGUAACGCGCCGAAUUGGGGAUGGCAGGCAGCGGGGAGUUCUGUGGCUGGAGCCAGUUCUUCCCAUACUAGCGGAUCCGCUGCUGUGGACCAAAUUGGCUUUGCUCAAUUUCCAACCAAUUCUGACGAUCAUCAACAAAUCCCUGGUAGGAGAACACCGCUUAGUACUGUUGGACUGGGUGGUUUCUAUUUUCAAGGCGGUCAGCCCAAUCCUAACAUUGUUAGUCAUGGACCGCCCUCGGAUGAGAAUAAUCCUGACCCUGGGUGUUCUAGUCAAGGACAAAGGUAA